AGCCAUAGCCUCUUCUGGCUCCAGACCACGCCGCAGCGCUCUUGACAACAAGGCGUCCACGGACCGCCCUCCGCCGAAGAAUGAAGCAGCCCGCGCCCCGCCUGGCGUGCCUCCUGGCAGUGUGCCUCUCCGCGCCCGGGGCCCUCGGCGCCCGCGUGAAGUCCGCGAAGCUGGCGCGGGCAUCGGAGGAGGCAUCGGCGCGAGCAAAGUUGACCCCAUCCGCAGACACGCAGAUGGUCGACCUGUAUGUGUUCUGGAGCACCUUCCGAGAUCCGGACAACGGACUGUAUUGUGAUGCGAUCUAUUUGGACGGCACGACGGUCUGUGGGCCCGCCAAUGAUUUCUACAGCCUCGCAUCCGUCGGCAUGGGGCUUGUUGCCGAGUGCGUCUUUGCUGAGCUUGGCCUGCAAACGAAGCCUGCUGCGGAGGCACGCGUGUUGCAGACGAUAUCUUCGGUCAAAAGUAACUGGCCCAGAGAAAAUGGCAAGGGCUUCUUCCAGCAUUUUACAACCCGAGCCUUUCAACCCAUGGCCGAGUAUUCCACGAUUGAUACCGCAAUCGGUGCAUUGGGUGCGUUGUUCGCAGGGAAGUUUUUCCAAGGCCAAGUCAAGACGAACGCCUUGGAGCUGGUAAGGUUGACGAAAUGGACAGCUGGUAUUAAAGGCACCGAACCUCCUGCUGCGACCGCUCAAGGCACAGUUCCCAGCGCCUGCGCACGCCAUAUCGCUUGGGGCCACAGUGCUGGGAAGAACGAGGCGUGGUACCAGACGGCGUUUGCAAAGAAAAUGUAUUUAAUUUCAGGCGUCGACCUUUCGCAAGGGACCUACGAGGACUUCCAGCGCAUGUACAAAUGCUUGAACUUGAACGCUUACGAUUGCAACGACCUAGGUUUGGACUUUCCGACUACAUGCUCCGAGCCGCCGUGCGACGCGUGUCUCGAGUCCAUCAUGUAUUUGACGGCGAGCGAGAGCGGUGAAAUGCAGGAUGGCAUCCUGAAGCCUUUUAAUGAGUACUACCUCCUGGCAUAUCUGGCGACGAAGGCCGAGUUGCAACACCCAAAUGCUACAAAUACAAGUCUUGCGCUGGCAGCGCGGUACUUCGAAGUGUUCUUCGGUACCAACUCAUCUCCACCAGGAGACGGUGAGUUCCCCAAGCUCAACCAGUAUCAUGGAUUUGAGGUGUUGUCGGAUUCAGACGGCUUCAUCCCCUCAUUCCACGUGCAGUUCAAUUAUUUCUUGACCGCAGCGUUCGGUCAGAGCACGUACUAUCUCGAGAAAUUCAAGGCUGCCAUGGGAGCAGACAUGAAAUAUUGGGAGCUUGCAAUACCGUCGUCCGACAGCUUGCACGGCAAAGUUUGGGGGUUGGGAGCUGGUAUAGCACCUGGUCCCAAGUACGAAGCAAACAGCAUAUCGAAUAACGCGAAUCUCACAUUUUCGGCACCAAUCAUGGCAGGCUUCCUCAACGCGGACCCUGCGAGCACGGCUACCAUUUUAGGCCAGUUGCGUCACAUGUACGCCAAUAAUACAUGCAGAUACAAGAAGGAUCUUGCCGACGGGAGCUCGCCACAAUUUCUUUGGAGGUGCUCGAUCACAUGGCCAGACUACAGGGCCCACCGUGUUGAAUCCAUAGACUUCUCUACAAUGGUGCUUGGCUUCGCGCAGCAAUAUCUUCCAUCAGACUUCUACCAGACUUUCGGUUAUUGAGUGGCGGCGUCAGCAGUCUUGGCGCGAACCGAUGCUUUCCCCAGCGUGUGAGUUCAGGCCAACGCGAGCUUCAGUCACAAUACCCGCCCGCUUUCUAGAGGUAAGCGCAGAACAGCUCAUGACGGCCCAAGAUUGGCCAGGAUGGGCUCGAGACGGCCACGGGCCGGCGCCCAAAAGGCGCCCUGGGCGGCUCAGAGGGGGCCCGAGGCGGGGGCGCCGAGACGGCCCAGGGGACGGCUUCGAGAGCGCCCUGGAGGAGCACGGAGACGGCCCAAGAGGCCAGAGGUCACCCUGCGCUUGUUUGACAGGCUCCUCGGAGGUGACGAUAGAACCUGGCCGCGCCCGAUGCCUCCUUCGACACGCUCCCCCCCCCUGUGUCCCGCGCUUCCAGCGGAGAUGCUGUGUAGUGCGGAGCUGUCUUGCGUGGCUGAUCGUGCCGAAGCAUUCUGCCAGCCACGUAGAGGGGGGCUUUCGCAGUUCUUGUAUGUUCGCGACCAGCGCGACUUCGUCUCACGUGGCUGAUCGUGCCGAAGCAUGUUUCCAGCCACACAGGCGGUUGUAUGUUCCCUCCAGCCGUUGCUUGACAACAACAGUGUCGGUGGAUGUGGAUUAGUUUGCCACUGGUGUUGUUUGUGAACCUAUAUGCGCCCUAGGGGGUGUCGGUGCAGGAUCCUGCUCUGGCCUUUCCCAGAUAUGGAGGAUGAGUGGG